UCGAACGGAGAGUUGGGUCUUGCCCGGUUUUCAUUUCGUCCCACACUGACACCUCACCGAUCGAAUCGAUCUUUGCAGCCAUGGAUUCUUCAAACCUCACCUCGCUUCCGGAGGACACACUCGAAGACGACCAACAACAACAACCGCCACCACAACCCCGACCUCUCUCUGCCUUUGCCGCUCGUCCCGAUCGCCCUCCCACUCAGACUAGUUCAGAAAAGUACUCAGCUUUGGAUUGGAAGGAGUAUUUCGACACAGAAGAUGAUAUCAGCAUUCCGGAUUCGCCUGAUGUUUUUCAUGUAUACACGGCAGGAACGGAGGGACCAGUUGUUUUCUGUCUGCACGGAGGUGGUUACUCAGGGCUCUCAUUUGCCUUGUCAGCAAAUAAAAUUAAGGAGAAAGCUCGGGUGGUUGCCAUGGACUUGAGAGGACAUGGAAAAUCAACUACCGAAAAUGAUACCGAUCUUUCUAUUGAGACUAUGUGCAAUGAUGUUGUAGCUGUUGUGAAAGCAAUGUAUGGAGAUUCCCCUCCUGCAAUUGUGCUUGUUGGCCACAGUAUGGGAGGGUCAGUUGCUGUGCACAUCGCUGCAAGGAAAGCAUUGUCUAGUUUGGCUGGGCUGGUUGUUGUUGAUGUUGUAGAGGGUACAGCUUUGGCUUCAUUGGUUCAUAUGCAGAAAAUCCUAUCAGGCAGGGCGCAGCAUUUUUCAAGCAUUGAAAAAGCGAUUGAAUGGAGUGUGAGGGGAGGUUCUUUAAGAAACAUUGAGUCUGCUCGGGUGUCAAUACCUUCCACAUUAAAGUAUGAUGAUUCAAAGAAAUGUUACAUAUAUAGAGCACGACUUGAAGAAACAGAACAAUAUUGGAAGAGCUGGUAUGAAGGCCUUUCAGAAAAGUUUUUGUCAUCUCCCGUUCCAAAGAUCCUGCUGUUAGCUGGAACAGACCGACUAGACAGAGCUCUGACAAUUGGCCAAAUGCAAGGGAAGUUCCAAAUGGUUGUCAUCAGACAUACCGGGCAUGCCAUACAAGAAGAUGUUCCUGAUGAAUUUGCAAUGCUAGUAACUAAUUUUAUAUCCCGUAAUCGCAUAGGCCCUCGUGGAGUUGAGAUUCCAGGACUCCGUCGGCCAUCCCAGCCCAAACCUUGAAUCAAAAGUUCCGCGAAUCAAUAGUGGCUUUCGGGUUCUAUUUGCAUUUUUCUUUUGGGGAAUGUUGUGGGAAGGCAUCUCAAUUGACAAAAAUGAUAAUCGUCACUUGAGUUACAGAUGUAUAGCAGUUAAGGAAAUGUUUGAAGUGUGGGUUUAGAAUAAAGCAAUUUUCGAGCAAAGACAUUAGAAACCGGUAACAUUCCUUCAGAAAUAAAAGUGCGAUUUCUAGCAAA